GUGCUGCAACUCACUUCACGUGAACGUGAGUUCAUCGCUGACAUGGCGGACCGCGAUGGACGAACGGGAGGAUGGGGCGUCGCGAGGGAUCGCAUUCCUCGCAUGCUCGCGCGUAUGUCGUAUACGUGUUGAAUGUCGGCGACGCUGGGGCAAUCAUUGAUGCUCGAUUCAGAUUUGACGACGCGAGAGAAAAUGCCCGUCCACAAAUAUUACGAUAUAGUUUCUUUGGGCUUUAGAUGAGAGAGAAAGAGAGAAAACAAGAGUGAAGAAAGACAGAGUCCGCAAAUAAGUUGUGGCCGCCCACUCUUGUCGGCGUUUCGUUAAGAGGCGGCAGCGAGGACAGCCUCGAGGAUAACCUAACGUAUCGUCGAAAUUAUGUUUGCGAUGCAUAGAUAACACGUAUAAUGACAACUGCGAAGACAACGCGGAAGCUAAGGCACAAUUUAUUGUAAUAGUUUCAUUUACGUUACGAAGGUUACACGAUGACUGGCAGCUGAUAAUUGUCACUAUCGCGAUCGAGUGCUGUAAAUACGUGGUGCGCGCUCGCCGUCGAGUAUAUUGACUGCUACUGGACAGCGAACGGAAACGUUUCGACGAGGAAUCAGUUAAGGGGUAAAUUGUACAUUUUUGCACGUCCGUACGUGAAAUUCGGAGUAAACGAUGUCCUGGAUAUGCGAACGCACCACGAACUGGUUUCAAACCCUGGCUUUAAGGAUCCUAAAGACCGGCAGGGUGCCCAGACACGUGGCGUUUAUCAUGGACGGUAAUAGACGUUACGCGAAUAAGCAGAAAAUGAGAAAAGGGGAGGGACAUUCAAAAGGGUUUGAAAAAAUGUCGGAGACGUUGAACUGGUGCAUGGAUCUUGGUGUUGAAGAGGUCACAGUUUACGCUUUUAGCAUAGAGAACUUCAAACGUAGCAAAGAGGAAGUUGAUGAUAUCAUGGACCUUGCCAGACAGAAGUUCAAGCGUCUCCUAGAAGAGAAGGACAAAUUGAUGGAAGUUGGAGUAUGCAUUCGCGUGUACGGCAAUAUGUCCAGGCUUCCAGAAGAUUUACGCCAAUUAAUUGCUGAAGCUAUGGUCGUUACUAGAGAAAAUAACAGAGCAGUUUUAAAUCUUGCUUUCCCUUAUACAUCAAGGGAUGAAAUUACUCAUGCAAUUAAGGAUAUAGCCAAGGGUGUAAAGCAUAAUGAUAUCUUACCAGAAGAUAUUGAUGAAGAUUUGAUUACUGACUGUUUGUACACCUACAAAUCUUCAAAUCCAGAUUUAUUAAUUCGUACUUCCGGAGAGACUCGAAUUAGCGACUUCCUCAUGUGGCAAAUUUCCAACACUUGCAUCUACUUUACCGAAGUAUUGUGGCCUGAAUUCAGUUUAUGGGAUUUUCUCAGUGCAAUUUUUUAUUAUCAGAAAUGUUAUCCUGAUUUGCAAAAAAUAAGAAACAAUUUAAAACCAAUUGUACAUAACAGUAAAGUAUCCACGUUUGUUGACAAAUUGCACAACGAACGCGACAUUAUGAUAGAAAAAAUGUAUCUAUCAGCAGUUCAAUCUUAGAAACAAUUGAAUUAUUCCAAUAAGUAUAAGUGUCAGUGAACAUGCUGAAAA